GGGAAGUCUUAAGCUCAUGUCACUGCUUCAACGCUGUUACGAAGACGUGGCGCGAGGUGGCGCCCAUGCAUAAACGCAGACGCCAUUUUAGUGUGGCUGUUCUGCGAGGAGCAGUGUACGCCAUGGGCGGUUACGGUUAUAGUGAGAUUCACAGAACGGCUGAAAGAUACGACUGCAAGGCGAACCAGUGGUCUUUGAUCGCUCCCAUGAACACAAAGCGAACCCAUGCAAGUUCGACUGUGCUGAAUGACAAAAUAUACGUCGCUGGUGGAAGUACUGGUAUGAAUUAUCUAAACUCGGUGGAAGUUUAUGACCCGGACACCGACCAAUGGACGUUCGUUUCACCAAUGCUUUUUGGACGUGCCUGUUUUUCUUCCGUCGCCUUCAACGGCUGUCUGUACGCCAUAGGUGAGAACUCUGGACAUUCUGUGUGAUACUCCUCUAUCCUUCUAGCAGAACUUGCUAUUGUGAAAUGUUUUCCUACUUUUCUUAGAGUGACUGAGUUUUUAUGAACAGCAUUUUUCUCCUGUCAUUACAGAGAUAUAGUUUGUCAGUAAUUUUAACCCC